CGACCGACCAGUACUGACUGCCAUCAACCCAAUGAUAGUCCGUUCGCGGUGCCUGACGGACAUGGUUAUCGGGGAUAUCGGGGACGCCCCACGAGGCCAUCCGUUUAGUCCAUUCCUGGAAGCCAUCUGGCCACGUCCCCGACUUGUUCUAAGACACCAUUGAUCUCCGACAGCCUAUAUUUGCACACGAUAUACUAUCCAAAUGGCCAGCUACACUCCCCAACAACUUGAACUCUACCUCGAGCGGAUCCGCUACCCCGGGUCCGCCACCACCUCCCGGCUGCAAUGUCUCCAGCAGGCCGUGACAGACAAUCCCCUGGCCGCUCUGGCUGAACUGCAACGACGACAGCUAUCGUCCAUCCCGUGGGGCAACUCUGCCCUGCAUUAUUCCACUCACCGGACCAUCUCUAUCCGUCCGGCGUGCGUCUUUGAGAAACUAGUCGCGCGAGCCCUGGAUGGCUACUGUAUGGAGAACAAUACCCUGUUAUAUGCAGUCUUGCGCUCUCUGGGGUAUCAGGUCUAUCCCACGGGGGGCCGCGUGUGUCUGGCAGCGUCGGGGCAAACGUAUGAGGGGGUGGAGAAGUUGUGGACGGGGCUGUCACAUAUGGUGCUGAUUGUGGUGAUCGAGGGCCAGAAAUACAUGGUCGACGUCGGGUUCGGGAACAAUGGCCCUACCAGUCCCUUGCUGCUGAAACCGGAUUUCGUUUCGGUCUGCAUGGCCCCGACAGAGACGCGCCUGGUUUAUGACGCCCUCCCCGAGUUCGUGGAUCAGACUCAAAGGGUUUGGAUCUAUCAGAUCAGAUAUACGCCCGACAGCCAGUGGAUCCCCAUGUACUCAUUCCUAGGCACCGAGUUCCUCCCCCAGGAUUUCGAGGUCAUGAAUUUCGCGACCAGCCAGCGGCAGACGAGCUGGUUUACGCAGACCUUGGUCUGCAGCCGAAUGUUCCUGGAUGAGAAGGAGACGGCCGUGCAGGGGCUGUAUGUCCUGACCGGGAAGGAGGUGAAGAAGAGGCAGUUCGGCCAGUCGGACGUCGUAGAGACGCUGCACUGCGAGGCAGACCGGGUCACUGCCCUCGCCAAGUGGUUUGAUAUGAAUCUCCGCGACCACGAAGUCGAGGGCAUUCGCGGUUUAGUCUCGGAGAUCAAAUAGAUUGGGAAGCUAGAGUCUACCUGGCAGCGCCCAGCAGGCC